AUGAGUGCAAGCACAACCCGCGGCGGCGGCGGCGGCAGCGGCGGCGGUAGCAGCAGUGGCGCUAGUGGGAGUGGUACCAAAGGUAGGGGUAGUGGCAGUGGCGGUCCUUGCGGCGCUUGCAAGUUUCUGAGGAGGAAAUGUGCUCCGGGAUGCGUCUUUGCGCCGUACUUUGAUCCAGAUCAAGGUGCAACCUACUUUGCGUCGGUGCACAAGGUUUUUGGGGCUAGCAACGUUGGUAAGCUUCUUUCGAAAAUUCCAGUUCAUAAGAGGCUUGAUGCUGUUAUUACUAUUUGUUAUGAAGCACAAGCACGAAUGAGAGAUCCUGUUUAUGGAUGUGUUGGUCAAAUCUUUACCCUUCAACAACAGGUGUUGGCUUUAAAAGCCGAACUCUCAUUCUUACAAAAUCAUCUUGCUACAAUGGAGAUACGCCAACCGCCACCAAUUCCUCCAACGCAAGGAGUGCCGACAUCAACUAUUUUCUCAGUUGCGGACUUACCAAUGGUUGUGGGCGUUGCCUCCGCCACCUUAUCAAUGCCGGCCACCUUUGAUCCAUCUUCCCACUUUGAUCUAGCAACGGCCCAAGCUUCUUGGGCUGUGUAUCAACGGGCCAUGAUGGACCCACGCCAAUACAUGGCUGUUGCCAACCCAAUAGGCCCAACUGCAGGUGGUGGUGUUGAUCUCCAAACAGUUGCACGUGAGCUCAUCAAUAGGCAUGUGCCUCCACAAGCACCACCUCAGACUUUUGGUUCCAAUGCUGCAUCGACGUCAGCUCCAUCGCUUAGUUCUUCUAAGUGAUCAAAAAUAUAUUUACAUCUUUGAACUUUAAGCAACUGAUCUUUAAUUUUCAUCUCGUUAAUCAUAGAUAGUUAUGGAGGAAUGUUUGAGUUUUCUUAGGUGGAUGUUGCGUUGAGAAAAUAAAACCAUAGUUAUUGUAUCGAUAGUAUAUCAUUAUCCUUAGCCCUUCCUUCUUUAAUUUUUUCUGUAAAAAAGCUGGA